AUGGCUGAACAACUGCGGACCUUGUUGCGGGAGGUUGUUCCACGGAACUGGGAAAAUCCAUACCCAACCGGAGGAGACGAUCACGGUAGACCACUCAUCGAUCCUAUACCCCGGAUCCCUGGACUUGCGUCAUCACCGGGAUCUGACAACCGAAAACGGCAGGUUGGGAAAGCUGUCAACCGAGAGCCAGUGCCGUGUAACUUAAUUGAUACAUUUGGACAACGAACAUCUCAAUACCGUGGUGUUACAGGCUUUAUCGCUGACGUCCGUCAUCAUCCCUCUCCUUCCUCGAGGAAUCAGUUAGAUACAUCAACCACAAAAGCCACCGGGUACUCUACUUUGAGCGGUGAUCCAUUUGGAUACUGUAUGACGAAUUCUGGAACUUCAGCUUUCUCAGAUCCCACCGAUGACAACAGUUGUUCUGACGAGCAUUCUACUUUGGGCUGGCCAAUCGCCAAAUCUGUCGCCAGUCAUGACGUUGGCAUCAUGAGUUUGGUAGAGACGAAGCAAUCCAUCAAAGUUGUUGACAAGAAAUCCGAGGUUCAUGAGCCUUCAGACUCGUACCCAGAUUCUGAUUCUGUGAUUAGAGCCAACCACGAGAUUCUUCCUUCGGUGAUUGGCAGUAUUGACGGAGCACAACAGGUAGUAAUUCACCAUUAUACCAAGAGCUUCAGGGGUUUCUCUGCCAUGCUCACUCCAGAACAAUUAAAGAAACUUUCUGAGAUUGAAUCAGUUGUUUUCGUCUUCGAGAGUCGGACAUAUAAUCUUCAGACCACACAUCCUUGGGAAUUCUUAGGAGUCGAUUCUAUUCACCAAUACAACCAAUUGCCCAUUGACGUGAAGCCGGAUAUUAUCAUUGGUGUCAUUGACAGUGGAAUUUGGCCUGAAUCAGAGAGCUUCAAUGAUAGAGGCUUAGGACCUGUGCCCAAGAGAUUUAUGGGAGAAUGUGUCACUGGUGAUCAUUUUACAUUGGAAAACUGUAACAGUAAAGUUGUAGGUGCUCGGUAUUAUUGGAAAGGAUUUGAGGCAGAAUAUGGGCCUCUUGAAUCUUUAAAUUCUACUUUCUUCCGGUCAGCUCGGGAUGAGAAUGGGCAUGGCACCCACACCGCAUCCAUAGUGGCUAGAUCCAUGGUGAGAAAUGCCAAUUUGUACGGAAUUGCCAGAGGUGUUGCGAGGGGAGGUGCGCCUAGCGCUAGGCUUGCCGUCUACAAAGUUUGCUGGGGGACCUUGAGGCUAUGUUCCGAAGCUGACAUCCUUUCAGCCUUUGAUGAUUCCAUCAAUGAUGGCAUCGAUAUAAUCUCCAUCUCACUUGCCAGGAUCCCUUUCGUUAGCUACUCUGGUGAUGCCAACUCCAUUGGAGCUUUACAUGCAUUCAGGAAAGGAAUUCUGGUCUCAGUCGUAGCUGGAAUUUUUUUCUUCCCUGGAAUAGUGGGAAAUGCCGCGCCUUGGAUUCUCACUAUCGCUGCGAGCUUUGUGGAUCGAGAAUUCAUCUCCGAUGUUCAUCUUGGUAACUCAAAAAUUUUCAAGAGUUACUCGUUAAACCCAUUUAAGAUGGAUGGGUUUUAUGGUGUGAUAAACGCGAGUGAUGCAGCUGCUCCCCGUGUUCCUUCUACCAAUGCUAUCUUCUGUGAGGAGGAGAGUCUUAACCACACGUUGAUUAAGGAAAAGAUAGUGGUGUGCGUGCGUAAUAGCACAAGAACAGAUAUAUCAGGGAAAACCAUACGACGGGGCGGUGGUGUCGGGAUGAUACUCGUCGAUUCAUUUCCCAAGGAAGGACUCAGACAGUUUGAAAUCCCAGGCAUUCAAAUUAGUGUUAAACAAUCACAAGUACUUCAAUCAUAUCUGCCUACGGAUAGGAAACCAAUUUCCAAAAUCUCUCCAACAAGAACGGUUCUGAAAACAAGACUUGCACCAGUGGUGGCUCCGUCUUCUUCAAAGGGCCCAAACAUACUUGCACCUAGCAUAACAAAACCCGAUAUUGCAGCACCAGGGGUCAAUAUAUUGGCAGGGUCAUUCCGAAGGGUUAUUCAGUGGAAGAAAGAGAAGUACAACCUGAAGAACCCAACGGUGAAGAGGAUCCUUCAGGAGGUGAAGGAGAUACGAGCAAACCCUUCCGAUGAUUUCAUGAGCCUUCCUCUCGAGGAAAACAUAUUUGAGUGGCAAUUCGCGAUCAGAGGUCCCCGUGACACAGAGUUCGAGGGAGGAAUCUAUCACAGACGGAUCCAAUUGCCAGCAGAAUAUCCAUUCCAACCUCCUACAUUUAUGCUGUUAACUCCUAAUGGUCGUUUUGAAACACAGACGAAGAUUUGUCUAAGCAUAUCCAAUCAUCAUCCGGAGCUUUGGCAGCCAUCUUGGAGCGUGAGAACUGCUUUGGUAGCAUUGAUUGCAUUCAUGCCCACCAACCCAGAUGGUGCACUGGGCUCAUUGGAUUACAAGAAGGAAGAAAGACGUGCAUUAGCCAUCAAAUCUCGUGAAGCAGCCCCCAGAUUUGGAACUCCAGAACGUCAGAAAUUGAUUGACGAGAUUCACCAGUGUAUGUUAAGCAAGGCACCACCAAUUCCGCAAUUAAAUGCCCCACAGGCCUCGAGUGAAGAAGAAUCAACCGAGAAAGAAGCAGAGGUUAGCCCGCAAAAUUCUGGUGCGGUAGUUGCAGCUGAGGGGGGGUCACCCAAACCCAAAAGGUGAUGAAGUCAUGGUGUU